AUGGGCAGCACUCCCACCUCGUCGCUCUCGCUUUCGGCGUUGUUUGGCGUCGAAAAGCGCGUAGUACUCGUGACCGGCGGCGGCAGCGGCCUGGGUUCGUACGCGGCCGUGGCGCUGGCCCUGCACGGCGCACAAGUCUACAUCGUCGGCCGCCGCAAGGACAAGCUUGACGGCUUCCCCGCUGCUGCCACAGGCAAAGUCGUGGCGCUCCAAGGCGACGUCGCGUCAAAGGACGGCAUCAGUGCGAUCCGUGCGGCUUUCGAGAAGCACGAGGCCCAUCUCGACCUGCUCGUCAAUGCAGCGGGCAUCAUGAAGGCCAUGAAGGCUUCGUCAGUCGGCAAGAACGACGGGCUGGCGCAGGUGCAAGCGCUGUGGGACGAGCCCUGGGAUGUGUUCCAGGACACGCACAACGUCAACCUCACUGCCGUCUUUUACGUCGCCGUCGCCUUUGCCCCUCUGCUCGCUCGCGCCGCGCCGGCGAGCCACACGGAGCAAGGCCCGCAGAUUGUCAAUGUGACGAGCAUCGCCGCCUUCCACCUUGCGCGCCCGGCCAGCGUGCACUACCAGACGUCCAAGGACGCGGCCGAGAAGCUGACAAAGAUCCUCGCCGGCCGGCUCCAGCCUCUGGGCAUUCGCGUCAAUGCCAUCUCGCCAGGCAUCUACCCGUCGGAAAUGACGGAGACGGCGACGGCCGCCGACUUUGCCCGGCCCGACCACCCGCUGCGGGCGACGGUGGAGAGGAACCCGAUCAAGCGUAGCGGCACGCCAGAAGACUUUGCCGGCCUCAUUGUCUUUCUCGCCUCGCGCGCCGGCGCCUACUUUGAUGGCACCAGCCUCACCACCGACGGCGGCAGACUGCUCAACAUCUCGGCUGCGUGA